CACACCGCGCAGCCCAGACGGUCGCCUUUCCUCGGUGGUCGUUUGCUUUCGCCGAGUCCCGGAGUCCUCAACUCCUGAUCCUGACUCGUCCCAACCGGCCAGGCGGAACCUGCUGCUUCGAGCGGAAGAAUCCAACGAUCAACUCGGGAGAUCUCCGGAGCUACUCCAAUCCCUCCAAAAUGAAGAUAGCCUGGGGUAAGAAUGCCAAGACGAAGAGGCAGCCAGUGGUAGUGUCAACUAAACCAGGCCUACCAUUUGGAGUGGAGAGUGACACCGAAGAGGCCGAAAAGGAUGAAACUGCAGGGGCAAACACAAACUGUCCUGGAGCAAAGCCACUUGACACUGCUGAGUCGCUCCAGCAUCAAGGAGACAAGCUAGCCGAGGAAGGGAAGUACCAUGAAGCACUUAGUAGGUGGGAGGCUGCUCUUACCUUGGCACCUGAUAAUGCAGUACUUUAUGAACAGAAAGCUCAGGUUUUACUCGAAGUGGGAGACGCAUGGCAUGCACUGACAGCAGGAACCAGAGCAACAGAACUGGAUCCGCUAUGGCCCGAGGCUUGGGUCACACUUGGUAGAGCACAGUUAAAUUUUGGGGAGCCAGAUUCAGCAAUACUAUCAUUUGACAAGGCACUAGCAAUCAAGCCCGACCACGAUGACGCGAAAGCCGACCGUGAAACUGCAGCUCGCCUUGUCAAGAAGCGAGGGCAGCUGCACUCAUCAGGUCUAAGCGCUAACAAAAGGCGGUUCACUGUUGGAGAGAAAGAGAACUCAGAUAACGGCGCAGAGGGUGAAGAAAAGGCGGAUGAAACGGCGGUACAGUCUGGUUAGCCUGCUACAUAUGCCUUUCAUCCUGGGCCCAGUAUACUGUAGAAUUGACUAAAACGAGUUCUGGAUUCUGCCCCCAUUUUCGCAUUCUGAAUUGGGUUCUGCGGAAGCUUUGUGCCGGUCUCUGUAGCUAUGUUGGAGGAGCAGUGCUGUAGUCUAGAUUCUAAAGACGAGUGCUCUUACGCUGUUUGGUGGUUUGUGAAUAUACAGUUGGUCGUGUCAUGUGUCACGGUGGCCCAGGUUGCGACAAUCUCUCAGUUUAACUUGGUAACAAUCUCUCAGUUCCGUUUGUAAA